AUGUAUGACUUACUGUCAGAAAUCCUCACCUUGGUGUCUGAUACAUCGGAGAAGAAGACUGUUGAGGAGUCCUCUACUGAUCUGUCUCGGGGGGAGAGUGAAGUGUCUGAUACACCGGAGAAGAAGACUGUUGAGGACUUAACUGAUAAGACACGAGAGGAGAGUGAAGUUUCCGAGACAGAGACAUCAUCUUAUGAGAAGGCAUCUGAUGUAUCUGACACUGGACCAUCAUUACUGAGACGUGAAGAGAAGGAGACACCAGAUCAGGAUACAACUGAAGAACAUGCUUUGAAUGUUUGUGAACAGUUGGAAGAAAAAUAUGAGUCUUUAACUUCUGAUACGACUGCAGGACACAUGGACAUUCAAACUGAAGAACUAAAGGAGCCAACAGCAGUUGACAUGAAUGAGCAGGGGCUUGAAAAGAAGACCCAAGAAAUAUCACAGUCUUCUGAGACUGAGGAAGAAAUAAAUGUGACACCAUCUGUAGAAUGUCACCAGGAGGCAGAUAAGGUUGAAGUUGUAGGAGAUGCAGCUGUUUUAGAAAAGAACCUUAGUCUUGAUUCAUCCGAAAUCCCCCAAACAGAACCACAGUCGGACUCAGAAUAUGAGGAAUAUGCUGAAGAUGUUCCUACUGAAGCUGCUGCAUCAGAGACACACUUGGCUGUUGAAACAGUUGAUCUGGCUGAUCAGCAGGUAUCAGAUUCCGACACAGAGUAUGAAGAAUAUGCAUCAGAGGAAGAGAUGCUUACUGAAAGUACAUCAACAGAUGUACAACCAACAAUGCUUGAGCAAGAACUUUCUCCGUCAGAAGUGUAUGAAGAUGAACCAGGAGAUGCUUCACCAGCCUCUGAUGAAGCUGCUGCGGAAAUGAAGACUGAAGAGCACACUGAGCAUGGAAGAGAUUUACUACAGUCAGAUAUUGAACCAGUUGUAUGCUUGACAUCAGAUGAUUCUGAAUUUUCUAAAGCUGGAGGAUGCAAUCACUGA